UGUUCCAGUCAGCGGAUCUAUCCUAGACUUUAAAAAGCGAAGCGGUGAAUCAUUUUGGCACUCAACUGACCAAUUGACUGACAGAUAACCAAAACAAAAGCGAAUUGGUACACUGUACGUUAAAUUUUAAAAAGUUAAAUUAAAAGAAGAACUGGCAUAGGCAUACCCUGUGUCUGUUGCAAAAUUGCAAUCUAGAACUUUCAAUAAUUUGCACAAUUCAGCAUCACCUAACAGUUCCUUCAAGCUUUGGUGCUGUGGAUAAACCCAAGACAAUCAUGAUAAUGCUGACUCCCUCUUCUGAUGAAGAGUCUCUUGAACUCGCCUGGCUUUGGAUUCACAGGAAGUUCAGUGUGCAAAACAGAAUAGUUUUUCCCAGCGCGUCAACAAGCUCUUCCUGAACGAACAGGCCAGAGGGAUCAAGAUCAAGGAGUUUGCUCGUAAAAAUGCAGCCAAUGCUCUUUCAGUGACGAACAUGCUCAUGGGCAUGACCUCUAUCCUUUGCAGUUUGAAUGGCCACCAUUAUGCUGCAUGUUGGCUGGUUCUGAUUGGCUACCUGCUGGAUUUGGCAGAUGGAGCCGUUGCCAGGCGACUAGAUGCAUGUUCUGCCCUGGGUGCUAAACUGGAUGAUUUUGCUGAUUUCACCACGUUUGGCAUUGCCACCUCAUUGCUCCUGAGAACCCCUGCCCUGAUGGACAACAUCCUGUCCAUGUGCUACGUCUUGUCUGUGUUUGUCCGCAUCUGCUUCUUCAGCAGUGGGAUUCCCUUCAUGUACCGCGGCCUGCCCUGUAUCUACUCCUCUGCCAUGUUGGCUUGCCUCUCCCUGCUGACUGGGGGUAACAUGGCCGUGCUCAGACUAACAGCAAUUCCCAUGAUUAUCUUCAUGGUCAGCCAGAACUUCUACCCUCAUGACAGGGUGCUGGAAUCCCAGGCCUGGAAGAAGGCCAUCUAUGCUGGAGGGAUUGUCAUGGUUUUCUGCUCCUCCUUCCCCCCUGCCUGUGUCUACUACCUGCUGUGGUCAGUGUCCUACAUUUUGUUUCCAACAUCUCUUUGGAGCCACAAGGUGUAGGUGGAUUGUGUGGACACAUUCCAGACUCACAGUAGGCUCCCUCACGGCCCGUCCGCGUGAACUAAAGCUUCCAGACAGGCUGCCUACUGCCAUGAAGGAUCCAAACCGAAUGCGCUCAGCUCACCCCAAUAGCAGACCACUGCUGUAUUUCACCUUGUUUGUUUUGAGGUGAUGAGUAAAAUAUGUAUGAAUUGAUUAGUUAGUGAGAAGGAUAAAUAAUACAUUUUAUUUAAAUGUUUGUAAGCAUUAUUCACUUUAAUGAAAAGUUGAUUUAGGAACUCUUUGGGGCUAUAUGGGUUACUACCCAAUUUAUAUUUGGUCAAUGUUCAUCAAAAACUGUAUUUGUGAUGAAUGCGUACUGUUUUUAAUGUUUCAUCCAAUCUAUACCUAAUACUGUCACUGGGAGUCAAGCUGUGCCCAAACAGUCUACUGAUUAUGGUUGAUAUUUUUUUCUCAUGUUUCGGUUUGUUUUUUUUGGAGAUUGGAUUAUGGUUUAUUGGUUUGUGUCCAGUAUUAGAUUGCCAUUGAGAAACCUACUCAAAGCUGUAUGCACAGCUAAAAAUAGGCAUAACCAAGUUUUCCGGUGUCAAGAAUAUCAGUGGCACUCUCACAGAACCUGGUCUUUCUCAGGAGAGCACAAUGUUAAUGUGGGAACAAAUACCUUGUGUAGAACAUAAUCACAUCCUAAGAUCAUUUUGUUUCAAGUGAUGCAGUGUGGGCAGUUUACAUCUGAAUGGUAGAAGUGUAACAGUACAUGACAUCUAACCUUAACAGCAUCUUUGUCUGAGGAAAUGAUUGUUUUUGACCAAUUUGGUUAAACAUAAACUUUCAUCACUUCAGCAUGAAGGGGGAUGUUCAGAAUAAUGAUGGUACCUCCCUUCCACCUCUAGGUAUUUAGAUAGUUAAUGAAACAUUCUUUCAAGGAACUUGUGUUCUUCUUUUUCUAAGAAUGUCUGAGGACCUGUGAGUUGUGGUGACAAACAGUAUGGCUGUAUCUGUGUCUGGCUUCACCUUUCCAGAUAAAGGUUUGUUGACAUCACAUCCAGUGUAAUGGGAAACAACUGUAAAGUUUGAGCACUGACUAAAGGCCAGUUUUGCAUAUUGUACUCAAGCAAUGCUUUCCAGAGUUUCUGCAUCUGGUUCUUCUAUUCCCCAUCAUAACCACAGUAAUGCAUGCCUAGUGUUGGUGUAUUAGAAAUGCAACAGAACUAUACACACCCAAUAUCAAACACGUCUGAAGACUACCUGUAUUUUUUAUUCUGAAUGUUUUGACAUUAAAAAAGAGGUGAAACAA